AUCUCUAAAACCCUAAAUUGCCACUGUAGCCGUUGAAAACCCCCCCAAAUUCACCGCAAUGGGUUUCAAGAGGAAGAAGAGCGAGAACGAAGGAGGCGACGAGCCGAAACCGGCGGCGGCGGUGACUGAGAAGAAGAGGAAGACGAUACUGCCGUCGAUGAUAAAGAACAAGGACAAGAGAGCCGCCGUUCACGCCAAGCUCAAGCAGGAGAAGAAGCUCGAGAAGCGCAAGAAGGUCAAGGCCCGAGACGCCGCCGAGAAGCGAGCCCUCGAGCUCGGCGAAGAGCCGCCGGCGAGAAGUGUCCCCCGGACGAUUGAGAACACCAGGGAGGAAGAUGAGACUGUUUGUAAGCCCGACGACGAAGAGUUGUUUGCUGGAAAUGAUGCGGAUGAGUUUAGUGCGGUUUUGAAGCGUGAAUCGAAUCCGAAGAUACUGAUCACUACUUGCCGAUUUAACUCUUCUAGAGGUCCUGCUUUUAUAGAGGAGCUAGUUUCGGUGAUCCCGAAUUCAAAGUACUAUAAAAGAGGAACUUAUGAUUUGAAAAAGAUUAUAGAAUAUGCAAAUAAAAAGGAAUUCACUUCUUUAAUUGUUGUUCAUACCAAUCGUCGGGAACCAGACGCUCUCCUAAUUAUUGGCUUACCUAAUGGACCCACUGCUCAUUUUAAGCUCUCAAAGCUUGUUUUGCGGAAGGAUAUCAAGAACCAUGGAAAUCCAACCAGUCAUGAGCCUGAGCUUGUAUUAAACAACUUCACAACACGUCUUGGUCAUCGUAUUGGAAGAUUAAUACAGUCACUAUUCCCUCAACAGCCGAACUUUCGUGGUCGGCGAGUUGUAACUUUCCACAACCAGCGAGAUUUUAUAUUCUUCCGGCAUCAUCGGUACAUUUUUGAAAUUAAAGAGACUAAAGUGGCUGAAGAAAAGGGGAAAAAGACCAAAGAUUCCAAGGCUGCGACUAUUACUGAAGCAAAACCAAUUGCCCGUCUACAGGAAUGUGGUCCUCGUUUUACCCUUAAAUUGAUCAGUCUUCAGCAUGGGACAUUUGAUCCUAGAGGCGGGGAGUUUGAGUGGGUUCACAAGCCGGAGAUGGAUACUAGCCGAAGGAGGUUUUUUCUGUGAGUUGCUUUGGAACAUCACUGAAGCUCUUCUUCUGCUGGAAUGUGUUAAAGGUGAAUAUUUGCUACACCCUGACAAGAAGUAAAUCAGCCCAGAGCAUUUAUUAUUUCUGUUACGAUCCGCAUUGUACUGUUACAGUGAGUUUUAUGGGUUUGGUACUGAAAACAAGAAAACGACUGGUUACUAUCGAUAUAAUCUUCAUAUGAUUAUUGUUCAUUGUUUAUGAAAAUAUGUUCAAUCAAUUUGUCAUUUCUACCU